AUGGGGCAGGUCCUGCCGGUCUUCGCCCACUGCAAAGAAGCUCCAUCCACAGCCUCCUCCACCCCUGACUCCACGGAAGGAGGGAACGACGACUCGGAUUUCCGGGAGCUGCACACAGCCCGGGAGUUCUCGGAGGACGAUGAGGAGGAGACCACGUCGCAGGACUGGGGCACCCCCCGGGAGCUGACCUUCUCCUACAUCGCCUUCGACGGCGCGGUGGGCCCGGGGGCGCGCCGGGACUCCGCUGCCCGCCGGCCCCGGCCCCAGGGCCGCUCCGUCUCGGAAACGAGAGACCCAGCCCCCCAGCCCGGCCUGGGCGACAGCCUGGAGAGCAUCCCCAGCCUGAGCCAGUCCCCGGAGCCCGUGCGCCGGGGAGACCCCGCCGCCGCCCCCCGGGCCCAGCGCACCCCGGAGGGCCUGGGGCUCCGGCUGGACCAGCUGGGCUGGGAGGCCCGGGGCGCGGGGUCCGGGGAGGACUCCGCCACCAGCAGCUCCACGCCACUGGAGGACGAGGAGCCCGACGGGUCCGAGGCCAGAGAGGCUGGGAAAGAACUGGACCUACAGCUCGGAUUCGCUCAGUCCUCGCCGCCCGGAGCCUUGACUCCACAAUCCAGCCCUGGCUCUGGGACCCCCCAGGCCCGGACCCCAUCCCCACCCGGAUCUGGGGAUUCGAACUCGUGGCCUGCCGAGCCCUCGCUGGACGAGAAAGAGGAAGAGCCUAGGGGGCAGCUGGAUCGGGAGCCAAUCACGGGGCAGUGCCUUGUUAGCACGGACCAAUCAGAAUUCACGCUGGAACCACACCCUCUAGUGGCGGACUUGCUGUACUGGAAGGACACGAAGACGUCGGGCGUGGUCUUCACGGGCCUCAUGGUCUCCCUGCUGUGCCUCCUGCACUUCAGCAUUGUGUCCGUGGCCGCUCACGUGGCCCUGAUACUGCUCUGUGGCACCAUCUCUCUCAGGGUUUACCGAAAAGUGCUGCAGGCCGUGCACCGGGGCGACGGUGCCAACCCCUUCCAGGCCUAUCUGGACGUGGACCUGACCCUGACUCGGGAGCAGACAGAGCGUCUGUCCCAGCAGAUUGCCUCGCAGGCGGUCUCGGCGGCCACCCAGCUGCGGCAUUUCUUCCUGGUUGAAGACCUGGUGGACUCCCUCAAGCUGGCCCUGCUCUUCUACAUCCUGACCUUUGUGGGUGCCGUCUUCAAUGGUUUGACUCUCCUCAUUCUGGGAGUGAUUGGUUUGUUCACCGUCCCCCUGCUGUACCGACAGCACCAGGCCCAGAUUGACCAGUAUGUGGGGUUGGUGACCAAUCAGUUGAGCCACAUCAAAGCUAAGAUCCGAGCUAAGAUCCCAGGGACCGGAGCCCUCGCCUCUGCAGCAGCCUCAGCCUCCGGAUCCAAAGCCAAAGCCGAAUGA